GGCUACGGAAGUAGGUAAUGAAGAAUUAGCUGAUUUACUAGAACUGGUUAAAUUAUAUGUCAGUUUCCUUGAAUGCACGGUUUUUGGGCUAUAUUGUAAGAUACGCAAACGUACUACUACAAACGGUGUGAAUAACUUAAGUGUCUUGUCUCGCAUCCCCUCUGCAUCAUGUCCUGUGCGUAUCUACUGUUGGCCAUAAGUCUCUGUGUUAGCUUUGCUAAUGCUGUUGAAGUUCAGCGGCCUCGUGGAGUUCCUCUGUCUAAGCGGCAGUUCUAUGAGGAGAACAAGCCAUUCACCUGUCUGGAUGGGUCUCGAACCAUUCCAUUCGACCGUGUAAAUGACGACUACUGUGACUGCAAGGAUGGAUCGGAUGAACCAGGCACGGCUGCCUGUCCCAAUGGUAGUUUUCAUUGCACCAAUGCAGGAUACAAACCCACUUUCAUCCCAUCAUCUCGUAUUAAUGAUGGCAUAUGUGACUGCUGUGACACAACUGACGAAUACAACAGUGGCGCCUCAUGUCAGAACACCUGCAGAGAGCUGGGCCGUCAGGAGAGGGAGACUCUCCAGAAGCAGGCCGAGAUCGCCAAAGAGGGCUUCCUUCUCAAACAACAGCUAAUCAACGAGGCCAAGAAACAGCGUGAGGAGAAACAGGGCAAGAUGACAGAGAUGCAGACCAACCGGAGGACCAUGGAGGAGAAAGUGGAGGCGUUGAGAACAGUGAAGGAAGUGGCGGAGCAGCCUGAGAAGGAAGCCAAAGAGCGCCACCUCAAGGCCUGGGAAGACCAAAAGGCCAUCAUUCGUGCCGAGAAGGACAAAACCAAGAUGGCGGAAGCAUUUUUGGAACUGGAUGAUGAUGCAGAUGGCUACGUGUCCGUAGUAGAGUUGCAGUCCCACACUGAGCUCGACCCAGACUCUGAUGGAGCUCUGACAGAAGCUGAAGCACAGGCUCUACUAGGUGGGGCAGGCAAAGUGGACACCUCAUCAUUUGAGUCUGCAUGGGACAACAUAAAAGACAAAUACAUAUCUGAGUCUCAGGCCGACUCGGCUGCGGUAGAUCCCCCCGUAGAGGACAACCGUCCACCUGUCCCAGACAAUGAGCCGUACCACGACGACGAGCCUGUUGACGAGGAUGAGGAGAACGAAGAUGACGAUGAGGAUGAUGAUUACCCUGAAGAGGAUAGUGACAAGCCCAUACCCACUGUGCACACCCCGGAAAAGAGUGAGCAGGAUGAGGAGGCCAUGCCGCCCUACGACGCAGAGACCCAAACCCUCAUCGAUGCUGCUCAGAAAACCCGCGACGACUUUGAUGAGGCCGAAAGGGCUCUACGAGAAGUGGACGAUCAAAUCAAGUCCAUCGAAAAGGAGCUGUCCUUUGAUUUUGGCACCUCUGGGGAGUUCACUUACCUCUACAGUCAGUGCUACGAUUUGACCACUAGCGAAUAUAUCUACAGACUCUGCCCCUUCAACCGAGUUUCACAGAAACCCAAAUACGGGGGAUCUGAGACCAACCUUGGGUCGUGGGGCUCCUGGGCCGGUCCAGUGGACAGUAAGUACAUGGUGAUGAAGUACGAACACGGAACAGGCUGCUGGCAGGGGCCCAACCGCUCCACUACUGUGAAGCUCAUCUGUGGGAAGGAGACAGUGGUGAUCUCCACCUCUGAGCCCAGUCGCUGUGAGUACCAGAUGGAGUUCACCACCCCAGCUGUGUGCCACGAGCCAGAGCCAGUCAACCCUGACGUUGGUUCCCAUACAGAGCUCUAGAGCGCAGAACUCCCCCUAGAGGUUACUGAUAUUGGGGACUUAGGCACUCAUCCAAGAUCACCAUGACCUCCCUGUCCCUCCGGGCUGUCACCCGUGAGCUCCAGGACUCAGGUGUUCCACCACUCUACACCUCUACACAACUCUGUCCUCCGGUUCAGCCCACAAUCACAAUCACUGUCGCACUGCUUUUUACAUUCCAUUUCUGCUAGAAUCAACUAAUAAAAGUCCAUUUUAAUGUGC